AUGGCAACCAGCGAUACCAAAUUUUAUUGUUUUGGAAAUAUCAUGAACGACGAUUUCCAAUUUUUAUCAAUAAUUACUAAACGUAUUUUAGUUAUACAAGGUUCAUCUGCAGAAUCAGAAAAACAUUUUUCAGCUGGUGGAAUUAUUGUUAAUGAAAGACGAGGAUGUUUGAGUGAAAGUUCAGUCGAAGCAUUGAUCGUCUUACGUGAAGCUUAUUUAAAUAAAACGUGGCCUAAAUCCAAACAUGGUUUGAACGAUGCAGCUCAAAAUCAUCAUGAUCAACAACGUGAGCCAUAA